AAUAUUUUAGAACUUGAAUUUAUGUAGCUAAGAAAAUUUGAGGGUAUAAGACAGCUCUGACACAUUAGUUGGCUGUUGGAACUGUUGGUACUUACUUUGAGUGCAGUAAGUUUAGUGGAAUACCUGUGUGUGGUCAGUGACCUUGCAGAAACAGGAAUACAUAUGGCUGCGACUUGAAUUUCUAGCAGUACCAAAACAUAAUGAAAAACUAAGGACUGCAGCCACAAAGCAGAGCAGUAGAGAUACUGAUAAAUUGAUUUUUACAUAAUACAGCAAUGAGGUAGUAGGCCGGUAAGUAGGUCUGGUACUAUGGAUGGAGAAGUGCCCAUGGAGAAAUAAUGAACAAGAGGAAAAUGUUUUAAUGCAUGUUUUUCUGUAAUAUGGAAGAUGUUGUCAUGCUAUAGGGUUCAGUAGAAUGCUAGCUAUUUUUAAGCAUUGUUGGAUGCUAAUUUUAAAAAGAUGUUUUGCAGAUUAAUUGUCUGCAUACUGAUUAGUCUUCAUAUGAGGAAAAAAGUAGCACCUGUUGCCACUGAAUAAAAGGAUCUUGCAAUAACAUAGUGUUCAAAUUAAGAAAAUUACUACUUUAAAAAUCUGUUGGAGUAGCAAAAAGAAUUGGCAGAUCUAUAAAGUAAAAUAAAACUUAGGGCUAGAAUUCAUUUUUGUAAUAGCUAUGUGUAAAUGUCUAGAGAUAUUCAUAGAAUCAUUUAGGUUGGAAAAGACCUUUAAGAUCAUCGAGUCCAACUGUCAACACAACACCACCGUGCCCACUAAACCAUGUCCUGAAGUGCCACAUUUAUUUUGGGGGUUUUAUGUUCACUAUUCAAAUAAUGAUAGGUACAUUCACUUGUGGGAUGCACGUCAUUGUAUUAUCAAUACCAAUAUAUGUCUAGUGUUGUAAAGAAAUUAUUUUCCAUUUUACAUGCCUUGUUUGUGCUCCCUGUAAGCUUUUUGAAGCCUUUGCUUUAGGAGGAGCACUGGCUCUGGAUGGGUGCUGUGUGCCUGGAAGGUGUCAUGUCCCAAGAAGGGAACGUGUUGAGUCCAGGCUGGUUGUUCUGCUGUUUAGGGGCUGGCUGUGUGCUGAACCUGGAGUGCGAGGGAGGCACCUGGGUUCGUAGGGUGGGCUGGGUGCUGGAAGAGCUUCAGUAACUUAGGGGUAAGGAGGAAGUAUGGUGGUCCCAGGAAAAAAGGUUGUUUACCAGGAGGAGAGAAAAAGGUUGGCAGUUUGGCGAGUGUUGAAGGCACGAAGUGGUCGCAAUCGCAGUGAUGCUUGUGUGUGUAAAAAGGUUGAAACCUGCUGUUAAAACAGCACCUGCAAGCAGGGCUGUAUCUUGCAGUAAGCACUGGGGAUCAAACCCCGGCUUGGCCUGAGUCUUAUUUUUAUUUACUCUCAGAAGUUGGCUGCACUGCUGUGGCUGAGAAAGGAAUGCUUAAUCUCCUUUCCCUGGAGAGUAAAUGGAACAUAAUGUCAGAGCAAGCUUGAACUUGUCCCCUGUAUUAGUUGUGUUACAAGCUGUCUUAUCACUUGAAUAGCCACAUAGUAAAUGUACUUUUUAAAGACUUAUUUGCAGGGUGAAUAGCUCUUCUUCAUUCCCAUGUGUGUAUUAGACAUGUAUACUUGCCCAGUGAUGCCUUACAAUUAUAAUUAGAGUACGAUUGAUUUUGGCCUGGGAGUGGUAUGCCAAGUGUGAGCUAUCAGUGACGUCUUUACUGCUGUUUUGGAAAUACCUGUAAAGGAAAGGCAUGCGCGAUCAAGAAGCUAUGUUUCAGAAUCAGAAGUGUGCAAACUGGAAUCUGUACCCUUGGAUUUUGGCGACUAUCAUCCGCUAAAGCCCAUUACAGUUACUGAAUCCAAGACCAAGAAAAUGAACCGGAAAGGAAGUACUUCUUCUACCUCCUCCUCUUCUUCUAGUUCUGUGAUGGAUCCAUUGAGCAGUGUAUUGGAUGGUACCGAUCCACUGUCAUUAUUUGCAGCAGCUGCAGAUCCUGUGACGACUACUGCUACCAUGGAUAGUACACGAAAGAAACGAGAGAAAGAUGACAGCUCAGCAGUAGGAAGUGACUUUGAACCAUGGUCAAGCAAACGCAGUGAAAUCCUUUCUAGAUACACAACAACAGAGAAGCUCUCUAUUAAUCUGUACAUGGGAUCUGAAAAAGGAAAAGCUACAACUACUGGCUCAGCAGUUUCUGAAAAAGUGAGGACAAGGUUAGAAGAACUGGAUGAUCUGGAAGAGGGGUCACAAAAAGAGCUGUUGAAUUUGACUCAGCAGGAUUACAUGAACAGAAUUGAAGAACUAAACCAGUCUUUGAAGGAUGCUUGGUCGUCUGAUCAGAAAGUAAAAGCUUUGAAAAUAGUCAUCCAGUGUUCUAAGCUUCUUUCAGACACAACAGUAAUCCAGUUUUAUCCAAGUAAAUUUGUUUUAAUUACAGAUAUCCUUGAUACUUUUGGGAAGCUAGUGUAUGAAAGAAUUCUGUCAAUGUGUGUGGACAGUCGUGUCUCUUUGCCAGAUAACUUUUCUCCAGAGAGUGUUAAUGAUACGGCUAAAGAAACUUGCUUAAACUGGUUUUUCAAGAUUGCUUCAAUCAGAGAACUCGUUCCCAGAUUUUACGUGGAAGCAGCAAUACUGAAGUGCAAUAAGUUCCUAUCCAAAACGGGGAUUUCGGAAUGUCUCCCACGGUUGACGUCUAUGAUUAGAGGAAUUGGAGAUCCACUGGUUGCAGUCUAUGCAAGAGCAUACCUUUGCAGGGUUGGGAUGGAAGUGGCACCACAACUCAAAGAAAGCCUUAACAAAAAUUUCUUUGACUUUCUUCUAACAUUUAAACAAGUUCAUGGGGAUACAGUUCAGAAUCAGCUGGUAGUACAAUGUGUGGAAAUUCCUUUGUAUUUGACUCUAUAUUCUCCUGCUAUAGACUGGAUUUUACAGUGUAUUGCAUACCAUGCUCCUGAAGUUCUGCUUACUGAGAUGAUGGAGAGAUGCAGAAAAUUGGGGAACAAUGCUUUGCUGUUGAAUUCAGUAAUGUCAGCAUUCAGAGCAGAAUUUAUUGCUGCCAGAUCUAUGGACUUCAUUGGCAUGAUUAAAGAGUGUGAUGAAUCUGGAUUCCCUAAGCAUCUCCUCUUUCGCUCCUUGGGAUUAAACUUGGCAUUGGCUGAUCCUCCUGAAAAUGAUCGCCUUCAAAUAUUAAACGAAGCCUGGAAGGUUAUAACGAAGCUGAAGAACCCACAGGAUUAUAUCAACUGUGCUGAAGUGUGGGUGGAGUAUACAUGCAGACAUUUUACGAAUCGAGAGAUCAAUACGGUUUUGGCUGAUGUUAUCAAACACAUGACUCCUGAUAGAGCAUUUGAAGAUGCUUACCCACAGCUGCAGUCAAUUAUUCAAAAAGUUAUUACCUAUAUCUAUGACUUCUCUCUGCUUUUUUCAGUGGAGAAAUUCUUGCCAUUUCUGGAUAUGUUCCAGAAGGAAAGUGUGAGAGUGGAGGUUUGCAAGUGCAUUAUGGAAUCUUUUAUUAAGCAUCAGCAGGAAUCUACAAAAGAUCCUGUUAUACUUAAUGCUCUUCUGCAUAUCUGCAAGACAAUGCAUGAUUCUGUGAAUGCACUAACACUUGAGGAUGAGAAAAGAAUGUUAGCAGCUUUGAUAAAUGGAUUUAUAAAAAUGGUUUCAUUUGGCCGUGACUUUGAACAACAGCUGAGUUUCUAUGUUGAAGCCAGGUCAAUGUUUUGCAAUCUGGAGCCUGUUCUAGUCCAGUUGAUUCAUUCUGUGAACCAGCUAGCAAUGGAAACAAGAAAGGUGAUGAAAGGAAAUCACUCCAGAAAGACUGCUGCGUUUGUCAGGGCUUGUGUUGCCUUCUGCUUCAUUACAAUUCCAUCUCUGAGCAGUAUCUUCACACGUCUUAACCUGUAUCUACACUCCGGACAGGUUGCUCUGGCAAAUCAGUGUCUUUCACAAGCUGAUGCUUUUUUCAAAGCUGCAGUGAGCCUUGUUCCUGAAGUGCCAAAAGUGAUCAGUGUAGAUGGAAAGAUGCGACCUUCUGAUGCCUUCCUCCUGGAAUUCCUUUGUAAUUUUUUUUCCACAUUAUUAGUUGUUCCGGACCAUCCAGAGCAAGGAGUGUUGUUUCUUGUGCGAGGAUUACUAAACGUGAUCCAGGAUUAUACUUGGGAGGAUAACAGCGAUGACAAAGUCAGGAUUUAUACUAAUGUUUUGCAUCUGCUGUCUGCAAUGACUCAAGAAGCAUACAUCUACCAUGUAGAUAAAGUUGAUUCCAAUGAUACCCUGUAUGGUGGAGACUCCAAGUUCCUGACUGAAAUUAAUAAACUGUGUGAAACAGUGAUAGCACAGAUCCUGGAUCAUCUGAAAACCCUUGGAAAAGAAGAGACCCUAAAGCGACAAAGCCAGUUGGCACUCUAUUUCUUUAACACUAUUCUAGCUCAUGGGGAUCUACGAAACAACAAACUAAACCAGCUUUCAGUCAAUCUCUGGAAUCUUGCUCAGAAACAUGGCUUUGCUGACACCAAGACUAUGGUGAAAACGCUAGAAUACAUCAAGAGGCGAAGCAAACAACCUGAAAUGAGUCACUUCACAGACUUGGCCCUUCGGCUUCCUCUGCAGUCCAGGACCUGAUUAAUGCCUCAUUCCCAAGGAGUCAUCUGUACAAGAGAGCAUGUAGCCAAGGCCAAAAUCACUGAUCUAGAUUUUGACCGGAGGAGUUAAGCAUAUUUUUAUUUUACUUAGUGUGACAGAUUUACUUGGACACAGGUAAAGGUAAAACUGUUCUGAGUGCAAUAAUUUAACCUGAAUUUCUGCUUCCAGUUUUACCACUAUGCUCUGAUUUUAAAUGCUGAUUUAGAUUCAGUAAAUGGUAUUUUGAACCUUUAUGGUUGCAAAAGCCUUUUGAAAUCUAAUCUGUUGUCAUUUUAGCAACAAAGGAGGAAGAUAAUGUGCACGGAUCAAUUCACAGCCUCCAAACUUCAUCCCACUUGCAGAAUAGUCUUUCUCCUGUGUAGAAAUCAGCAUUUCAAUAUAAUAAUCCUGCUAAGUCGUCUUUCUGCUUUGGGGUGCUGCCAACAUUUAUUUGGUCAGUUCCAGUAGAAGAAAAUAAUGGCCAAGGUGUUACUGUUCUAAUUUCUACAAUACAUUUUCACAGGCCUGUUUAUGCUUUCAUUUUAGUUCAGUGGUGUUUUGUAAAAUGGAAGGAAUAUUUAAGUGCUGUCUGCAAAGGAAAAUGGAAAUGUAUGCAAAGUACUCUAUGUUCGCAAAGUACGCUGUCACUGAAUAAAACAAUUUGCAGUUCA